AGAAAGAGGCGAGAGGACGCGAGGAGACACAAUUGAGAUUCUCCCACGGUGAGGAUCUUUGAGCACACAUUUUUCUAUCAGCACAGUCAUCUAGCUAGCUACAGUCAUACAAUAAACGAUGGCAACGUUUUUCGGAGAGGUUUUAUCCGUUUACUCACGUGCAGUCGAAGAAGACGACGAUGAUCUGGAUGCUGAAAAUGAAGAUGAGCAAAUUCACAGAGCGAUAGAAGAAAAGAGGUAACUAACAGCUAGCUAACUAUAAAUGCUAACGACUCACAAACUGCACGCGAUUGAGCUUUCAGUUUCACUAGUAACUAACGUUAGUUAGCGAAGGCUUUUAAAUGUUUGACGUUUGUAGCUUAGUAUGCAGCAGACUGUUCUUUUGAAAUAUCCAUCGCUUGUCAAUAAAAUAACCAUGUCCUCUGUAAUCAACUAUACACAGCUCCUUUUAUUGUUUCAAUAAGUUAGUACACGGUGACUGAGUGUAAAGAUUAUGAUUUUGACUGACUUGUUCUGGCAUAACAGGGAGGUCCAUAUUGCGUGGUGCACAGAAGUCGCACAAUCACUAGAGGGCUCUGGCAGCAACAAAUUGCAAUGCUCAGACCUCAUCAUUGCCGUGGGCCCUAAUGCUGCAGGUAAGCUCACCUGAGACGACUGGGGUGUAUUCAUUAGUCGGAUUCCGUUGCAAAACGUUUUGGGAAGAUUCUAUAAUUUAUAAAAUGCAGCUUGUGCCAAACGCUCUGAAGACUAUUCGGAUUGGAAUAGGAAAACCGUACCAUUAAAAUUAACUACACCUUCCGUUUAAGAACGAAAUGGAACCAAACAGCUUUUAUGUCACGUUUUGCAAUGGAAUCUGACUAAUGAAUACACCCCUGGUCUAACUCUCUUCUCUUUUUCUCAAGGAAUGAACAUUCUCUCCUAUUGUUUUCAGGAUUUCUGUCUGCGUAUGUGUUGAACACUGAAAGCUGGGAUGCAGUGGGCCAUGCGUCACUAUGGAAUGAGAGGAGUAGGGGCUCCAGUAGACAGAGCAUUGCCCCACUUCCUGGAGAGCCAGCCUGUCUCUUCUACCGACACAGGGACAACCCAGCAGUGAGUGGCUGAUCAAACACAAUGCACACCAACAAUUGUACUUAGGAUACACUUAAAGGUGUAAGUAAGCCUUGUACAAACCACAACGGCCCAUAGUCAAUGUCAGACGCAAAAAUAUCCACGCAUGUGCACAGGUGCGUUUCACACUGCUGCAAUAUUAGAGUUGCGGGAUAAAAACAGUAGAGAAUUUAAGCCUCGCUCUUCACAUUCUUAAUUGUUUCUUCUUAAACGCUUCACCUUCUUAAAUGCAACAGACUAGCGUCCAGAGAUAGGCUCCUGAACUAUGGGCCGUUACUUUGUGGAUCGCUGACUUUACCUUUAAAGGUAUGUUCCAACAAUAUUUUCAUUGCUACUGUAGUCAGUGACUCAGCGAUUACAGCAGAUUCUGUAAAGCAGUGGUCACCAACCUUUUCAGAGCUGAGAUCACUUUCAGAGUCAAAAUGCAGGCCGAGAUCUACAGCUCAUAUAUAUAUAUAUAUAUGAGGCGACGCCGGGAUGCUGACCUUCUAGGCAGAGUUGCAAAGAAAAAGCCAUAUCUCAGAUUGGCCAAUAAAAAGUAAAGAUUAAGAUGGGCAGUCUGAGAUAUGGCUUUUUCUUUGCAACUCUGCCUAGAAGGUCAGCAUCCCGGAGUCGCCUCUUCAUUUUUGACGUUGAGACUGGUGUUUUGCGGGUACUAUUUAAUGAAGCUGCCAGUUGAGGACCUGUGAGGCGCCUGUUUCUCAAACUAGACACUAAUGUAUUUGUCCUCUUGCUCAGUUGUGCACCACUCCUCUUUCUAUUCUGGUUAGAGCCAGUUUGCACUGUUCUGUGAAGGGAGUAGUACACAGCGUUGUACGAGAUCUUCAGUUUCUUGGCAAUUUCUCGCAUAGAAUAGCCUUCAUUUCUCAGAACAAGAAUAGACUGACGAGUUUCAGAAGAAAGUUAUUUGUUUCUGGCCAUUUUGAGCCUGUAAUCAAACCCACAAGAUACUCAACUUGUCUCAAGAAGGGCAGUUGUAUUGCUUCUUUAAUCAGCACAACAGUUUUCAGCUGUGCUAACAUACUUGCAAAAGGGUUUUCUAAUGAUCAAUUAGCCUUUUAAAAUGAUAAACUUGUAUUAGCAAACACAACGUGCCAUUGGAACACAGGACUGAUGGUUGCUGAUAAUGGGCCUCUGUACGCCUCUGUAGAUAUUCCAUUAAAAAUCAGCCGUUUCCAGCUACAAUAGCCAUUUACAACAUUAACAAUGUCUACUCUGUAUUUCUGAUCAAUUUUAUGUUAUUUUAAUGGGGGAAAAAUUGCUUUCCUUUCGAAAACAAGGAUAUUUCUAAGUGACCCCAAACUUUUGAAUGGUAGUGUAUACACACACUACCAGUCAAAAGUUUGGACACCUACUCAUUCAAGGGUUUUUCUUUAUUUUUACUAUUUUUUACAUUGUAGAAUAAUAGUGAAGACAACAAAACGAUGAAAUAACACAUGGAAUCAUGUAGUAACCAAAAAAGUGUUAAACAAAUCAAAAUAUAUUUUAUUUGAGAUUCUUCAAAAAGCCACCCUUUGCCUUGAUGACAGCUCUUAAUGUGUUUGAGCCAAUCAGUUGUGUUGUGACAAGGUAGGGGGGGUAUACAGAAGAUAGGCCUAUUUGGUAAAAGACCAAGUCCAUAUUAUGGCAAGAACAGCUCAAAUAAGCAAAGAGAAACGACAGUCCAUCAUUACUUUAAGACAUGAAAGUCAGUCAAUAUGUAAAAUAUCAAGAACUUUGAACGUUUCUUCAAGUGCAGUCGCAAAAACCAUCAAGCGCUAUGAUGAAACUGUCUCUCAUGAAACCGCCACAGGAAUGGAAGACCCAGAGUUACCUCUGCUGCAGAGGAUAAGUUCAUUAGAGUUACCAGCCUCAGAAAUUGCAGCCCAAAUAAAUGCUGCAGAGUUCAAGUCACAGGAGGGAGUCUGGAAGGGCCUCUAGGAAUCUUUGGGUUGUCCGAGAAUUUAUAGCAUGGCUUUUGAUGGUCCUUGGUUGGGGUCUGAACAGAUUAUUUGUUGCGAUUGCAAACGUAAUAAAAUGUUGGUCCGAUAGUGCAGGGUUAUGAGGAAAAAUAUUUAGAUCCACAAUAUUUAUUCCACGUGACAACUAGAUCCAGGGUAUGACUGUGGCAAUGAGUAGGUCCGGAGACAUGUUGGACAAAACCCAUUGAGUCAAUGAUGGCUCCGAAAGCCUUUGAGUGGGUCUGUGGACUUUUCCAUGUGAAUAUUAAAGUAACCAAAAAUUAGAAUAUUAUCUGCCGUGACUACAAGGUCCGAUAGGAAUUCAGGGAACUCUGUGAAGAACUCUGUAUACGGCCCAGGAGGCCUGUAAACAGUAGCUAUAUAAAGUGAUUGAGUAAGCUGCAUAGAUUUCAUGACUAGAAGCUCAAAAGACAAACUCAGUAAUUAUUUUGGUGGUAAAGUGAAAUUUGCAUCAAUAUUAUGAUUAGUUAAUUGACCAUAACUGCCUUGGAAGUGAGGGAUCUAACAUUAAGUAGGCAUAUUUUGAGAUGUGAGAUAUCACAAUCUCUUUCAAUAAUGACAGGAAUGGAGGAGGUCUUUAUUCCAGUGAGAUUGCUUAGGCGAACACCGCCAUGUUUAGUUUUGCUCAACCUAGACCGAGGCACAGACACAGUCUCAAUGGGGAUAGCUGAGCUGACUACACUGACUGUGCUAGUGGCAGACUCCACUAAGGUGGCCAUCUCAUUGUGGAGCUAGAGGAGUUAGAGCCCUGUCUAUGUUGGUAGAUAAGAUGAGAGCACCCCUCCAGCUAGGAUGGAGUCCGUCACUCCUCAGCAGGCCAGGCUUGGUCCUGUUUGUGGGUGAGUCCCAGAAAGAGGGCCGAUUUUAUCUACAAAUUCUAUAUUUUGGGAGGGACAGAAAACAGUUUUCAACCAGUGAUUGAGUUGUGAGACUCAUCACUCGCCCUAACUGGGAGGGGGCCAGAGACAAUUACUCGAUACUGACACAUCUUUCUAGCUAAUUUACACGCUAAAGCUAUGUUGCUCGUGGUGACCUCUGACUGUUUCAUCCUAACAUCGUUGGUGCCGACGUGGAUAACAAUAUCCCUAUAUUCUGUACUCUCGCCAGUUUUUGCAUUAGCCAGCACCAUCUUCAGAUUAGCCUUUACGUCGGUAGCCCUGCCCCCUGGUAAACAGUGUAUGAUUGCUGGAUGAUACAUUUUAAGUCUAAUAUUGCGGGUAAUGGAGUCGCCAAUGACUAGGUUUCAAUUUGUCAGAGCUAAUGGUGGGAGGCUUUGGUGGCUCAGAACCCGUAACGGGUGGAGGAGAGACCUGAGAAGGCUCGGCCUUUGACUCCGACUCGUUGCUUACUGGGGAGAACCGGUUGAAAGUUUCUGUCGGCUGAAUGAGCAACAACGGUUGAGCAUGCCGACAGCAUUUCUUUCCAGAAGCCAUGAGAAAAUUGUCCGGCUGCGGGGACUGUGUGAGGGGAUUUAUACUACUAUCUGUACUUACUGGUGGCACAGACUCUGUUUCAUCCUUUCCUACACUUAAAUUGCCCUUGCCUAACGAUUGCAUCUGAAGCUGGGCUUGCAGCACAGCUAUUCUCACCAUAAGGCGAUAGUUUUCCUGUAUGUUAUGAGUACAGGGACUGCAAUUAGAUGGCAUAGUGUUAAUGUUACUACUUAGCUUCGGCUGGUGGAGGUCCUGUAGAACCGCGUCCGGGGAGAAAAAAAUUGGGCGAGGGGAAAAAAUUAUAUAAAAAUAACUAAGACGUUGGUUAAAUGAAGAUUGAUUAAAUGGUUUUUAAAAAGUAAAAACCGUCAAGUUUUUGGCAGGUAGCCAAGCAGCAACAAACAGCGUAGCACGGAGACAAGUGAAGCGCUCAGAACGGAAGUGACAGUAAACAGGUUUCGAUGGUUUGGGAUGAGUCGGACGGCAGAGUGAAGGAAAAGCAGCCAACAAGUGCUCAGCAUAUGUGGGAACUCCUUCAAGACUGUUGGAAAAGCAUUCCAGGUGAAGCUGGUUGAGAGAAUGCCAAGAGUGUGCAAAGCUGUCAUCAAGGUAAAGGGUGGCUAUUUGAAGAAUAGAUUUAGUUUUGUUUAACAGUUUUUUGGUUACUACAUGAUUCCAGAUGUGUUAUUUCAUAGUUUUGAUGUGUUCAUUAUUAUUCUACACUGUAAAAAAUUGUAAAAACAAAGAAAAACCCUUGAAUGAGUAGGUGUGUCCAAACGGUUGAUUGGUACUGUGUGUUUACAGUGGGGGAAAAAAGUAUUUAGUCAGCCACCAAUUGUGCAAGUUCUCCCACUUAAAAAGAUGAGAGAGGCCUAUAAUUUUCAUCAUAGGUACACGUCAACUAUGACAGACAAAAUGAGAAAAAAAAUCCAGAAAAUCAUAUUGUAGGAUUUUUUAUGAAUAUUUUUGCAAAUUAUGGUGGAAAAUAAGUAUUUGGUCAAUAACAAAAGUUUCUCAAUACUUUGUUAUAUACCCUUUGUUGGCAAUGACACAGGUCAAACGUUUUCUGUAAGUCUUCACAAGGUUUUCACACACUGUUGCUGGUAUUUUGGCCCAUUCCUCCAUGCAGAUCUCCUCUAGAGCAGUGAUGUUUUGGGGCUGUCGCUGGGCAACACAGACUUUCAACUCCCUCCAAAGAUUUUCUAUGGGGUUGAGAUCUGGAGACUGGCUAGGCCACUUCAGGACCUUGAAAUGCUUCUUACGAAGCCACUUCUUCGUUGCCCGGGCGGUGUGUUUGGGUUCAUUGUCAUGCUGAAAGACCCAGCCACGUUUCAUCUUCAAUGCCCUUGCUGAUGGAAGGAGGUUUUCACUCAAAAUCUCACGAUACAUGGCCCCAUUCAUUCUUUCCUUUACACGGAUCAGUCGUCCUGGUCCCUUUGCAGAAAAACAGCCCCAAAGCAUGAUGUUUCCACCCCCAUGCUUCACAGUAGGUAUGGUGUUCUUUGGAUGCAACUCAGCAUUCUUUGUCCUCCAAACACGACGAGUUGAGUUUUUACCAAAAAGUUCUAUUUUGGUUUCAUCUGACCAUAUGACAUUCUCCCAAUCAUCUUCUGGAUCAUCCAAAUGCACUCUAGCAAACUUCAGACGGGCCUGGACAUGUACUGGCUUAAGCAGGGGGACACGUCUGGCACUGCAGGAUUUGAGUCCCUGGCGGCGUAGUGUGUUACUGAUGGUAGGCUUUGUUACUUUGGUCCCAGUUCUCUGCAGGUCAUUCACUAGGUCCCCCCGUGUGGUUCUGGGAUUUUUGCUCACCGUUCUUGUGAUCAUUUUGACCCCGCGGGGUGAGAUCUUGCGUGGAGCCCCAGAUCGAGGGAGAUUAUCAGUGGGUCUUGUAUGUCUUCCAUUUCCUAAUAAUUGCUCCCACAGUUGAUUUCUUCAAACCAAGCUGCUUACCUAUUGCAGAUUCAGUCUUCCCAGCCUGAUGCAGGUCUACAAUUUUGUUUCUGGUGUCCUUUGACAGCUCUUUGGUCUUGGCCAUAGUGGAGUUUGGAGUGUGACUGUUUGAGGUUGUGGACAGGUGUCUUUUAUACUGAUAACAAGUUCAAACCGGUGCCAUUAAUACAGGUAACGAGUGGAGGACAGAGGAGCCUCUUAAAGAAGUUGUUACAGGUCUGUGAGAGCCAGAAAUCUUGCUUGUUUGUAGGUGACCAAAUACUUAUUUUCCACCAUAAUUUGCUAAUAAAUUCAUUAAAAAUCCUACAAUGUGAUUUUCUGGAUUUUCUUUCCUCAAUUUGUCUGUCAUAGUUGACGUGUACCUAUGAUGAAAAUUACAGGCCUCUCUCAUCUUUUUAAGUGGGAGAACUUGUACAAUUGGUGCCUGACUAAAUACUGUUUUUCCCCCACUGUGUGUGUGUAUAUAUAUAUAUAUAUAUAUAUAUCUAUAUAUUUUUUUUUUUUAUGACUUCAUCGUAAGCCUAUGCCACAUGAACCUAUCAAAAACUGUUUUGUAGCAAUGAGGUUUGUGCAUAGGCUAUAAGCUCAAUACAUUCUCACUGCAUAUAGACUAUUCUUGAAUUGUCCUGCCAAUGUUGUGCUUCUCAGACCGUUUUUAAAAAUUAUAUUUCAAAACGUGAGGUAUAUGAUCACACUGGUAAUAUAUAAUUUGUAGCAUUACUUGGGAAGCAUACAUUGAAAUGGUUUAUUUUACUGGACUGAUGGUGCCUGCAUCUGAUGGUCAGUCUCAGCGGAUGGCGGGUUUUGAGAGAGGCUGCCUCUAAUGGUUUUCUGGCUCAUGAACCAAUUAAUGUUACUCGUAUGACCAGAUAACGUGAAAUGGGCUACUCCUCUAUAUUAGAAAGACAAGCCAAUAAUAACAACGCAAGUCUAUCGAUAAACUUUGUAGCGUGAGUGGAUAGGGGGAGUUUUUUUUUUAUUGCUUAUAAAUGUGUUGAUAGUGCUGAAUAAAAUCUUAAACAUUAACGGCAGCUCUUUGCUAUAUUCGUUGACAGUUUCUAGUCAUGAUUUUUUACGUUUUGAAUCUCACACAGUAGAGUCGACUAUCAACUUCGCUGUGGGCUCGUGGAAGCUGCAGACACGGUGAUCUGAGCUAUCUGAUUGGCCAGCGGUAGACCUAUGGGUGUACUUAAUUUGCUCCCCGGGCCUGCCGGGUAUGUUGAGUUCGUUCCUUCAGACACAUGAAAUGGUUAAAAAUGGGAACACUUCGAUACCCGGCACGCAGGGCAGUUGAAUCAAGUGCACCUACCGGAAACAGUGCGGAACAAAUAAAAAAAAUAGGAACGCAAGGCUUUAUCGUUGUUUUUUUAAAAAUUAGAAAUGUUUGGCGAUUGAGUAGGAAAGCCUUGGAGAUGGGGGAAAAACUAGGAAAGCCUCGCGAUCGACUGGUUGGUGACCACUGCUUUAAAGCAUAUUCUUGUGUUGCUUUUGUAGGUCCUGGUCUGCCAAAGCACUUGUUACAUUGCGGAGGACCAACUGUUUCAAUGGACAGAAAAGGUAAAGCUCUUGUGAUUUUAUAGUUGCCUUGUAGAGGUUUAGGUUGAUGCCCACUGCUUGAUAUGAUUAUAAGUAGAUGUGACUGUAAAAGCACUGGUCACCAAUGACUAUGGUCUCUUAACUUUCUCCCUUCUUCCAUCUGGUUCUAGGUGUUUGGCUGCCUCCAGAAGAGAGGGCUCAGUGUGAUGGUGCUGUCGGACAGCCCUGUGGCUGAGUACAAAACGCCAGACUACCUCUAUGGUAGCGCUGUCCCCUUCCUACGCUCCCUCAAGAGCAGUGCCUCCAAAAGCCAGGCCCUCUGCCCUGCACUAGAGCAGCCCAACAUCCUCACUGGACUGCCAGCUGCAGGUACCACCAUACUGAUGUCUUUGAUUCCCUGGGUUGAAGUCUUCCAUUUCAUUCCACAGAAUUAAAUAAUGGGCUAUUUUCAAUUCAUUCAAUUGAUCGACUUUGAAAUGGAAUUGACCCCAACCAUGUUCAGGCAUGUUUUACUUGCGUAAAAAGCACUUGCAUUAACGAAACUGAUUUAAUUUGUCAAAUAUUCUUGCUGGAUCAUGCAUAUUAGCCAACUUGCUGAAUUGAUGUCAUUAUUUCUCCUUAGGACCUUUCCAUGGAUUACAUUCUGGAAAAUUCCAAAACGUUAUGGUUAUUUUUGGUUCAUUUCUGUUUCAUUUUCACACAGAAUGUCAACUUAAAUGGAUCUCUAUUCUUUCCUCAGUACUGAGCCACUGCCAAGUCCAUCAGAUUCCAGCUGUUCUGUACCAGUGCUACACUGAUGUCAUCAGCCCAGACUCUAUCACCAUGGAAACCUACAAACCUGUUCUGUUGUGUCUAAGCAAGUUGGUCAAGGUGAGCGCAUACAUUGUAGAGCAGGGAUGGGCACCCCCCACCUUGCGAGCAAAACAUUUUAGUUGUCUCCCUCGUGUCAGUGAAGAUACAUAAAUGUGUGGUCCUCUGUAGCUCAAUUGGUAGAGCAUGGCGCUUGUAACGCAAGGGUAGUGGGUUCGAUCCCCGGGACCACUCAUACGUAAAAAUGUAUGCACACAUGACUGUAAGUCGCUUUGGAUAAAAGCAUCUGCUAAAUGGCAUAUUAUAUUAUUAUUAUAGUUACAUUUAAUUUCCUGCAAUUCUAGACAUUUUGCCAUAGGAUAGAGGCAAAUGUUUGCAGUUUUUAAUAUAUCUGAUGAGCAAUGGGGCCUAUCCCAGUCAGUAAUUUGACCAUGCUUACUACAAGUUUAGAUAGUCUAGCGGCCAGCUAAUUUACCAAUCUAAAAGAAAAAUGCUGAUAUUGGCUAAUUGAGUGACUGCUGAUGCACAACCAAAUUUUGAAAUUGCACCUGUGUGUUCUAUUAUUCAAACUCUCAAAGGUAAGUUUCCAACAGUUUCCCAUCCCUGUUGUAGAGUAUUUAAUAUCCUAAUGGUAGCUAUUCAACACUGUUCAGUGUUCUCAAAAGCUUUGUCUUCCGUUGCUGAUCUCUCUCUAUCUCCCUCUCUCUCCCCCCAUUUUACCUCCAGUUGGAGCCUUGUCUGAGCGCUGACGUCCUCCGAAAGUUUGCCAUAAUCACUGAGGCUCAGAGUAACCUGUAUACUUAAAUGUGGAAGAUUUAUUUGUACUGAAUAGGCUCUGUAUUUUGUCUUUUACCUAAAGGACAGGUUCACUUUAUUUUAACCAAAUCUGUUUUUGGAUGAAUAUGGCAUUUUAUAGAAGUGUUCAGACACUUUUUUGCGAUUUCACUUGGUUUUGAGAAACUUACCCCACCAGCGAUAGACUUCCUCAUGCUCGUUCUGCAGUUGCAGGGGCACAGAUAAAACAUGAACAAAAGCUAAAAAAACACCCAAAUACGUUCUUUUAAAAACGGCAUUGAUCUCAGUAUAGUGAUGCAGGUCUUUAGACAUUGUACACAUGAGAUUGUGUCUUUCCGAACUUUAAAUUCAAAAUUGUUGGACUCGAGCGAUACUUCUCCGUGUAGCCCUUCUCCGUGCAUCUUUCAAGACCUGCAUCACUAUACUGUGAGCGUUACCGUUUCUAAAAGGAUGUACUUGGGUGUUUUUGGAGCGUUUGUUCAUGUUUUAUCUGUGCCCCUGUAACUGCAGAACGAGCAUGAGGAAGUCUAUCGCUGGUGGGGUAAGUUUCUCAAAACCAAGUGAAAUCAAAAAAAGAAACAUGCCAUUUAGAAAAAAAGUCAACCUGUCAUUUAAACUAAAAUAAUAUGUAAUUCAUGUUUUAAUUUGGAAAGAGUGGAGGGCACCUUAAUUGAAAAGGAAAAGGCACAACACUCGCUCAGCAUUAAACUCAACCUAGCCAUUGAUGGCCGAAACGUCAAGGUUUUUAACUUGGGGGACUUUGCGCAGUUCUGGAGUGGUUCCGACUGACAUUUUCAUGUACAAAGCACUCUGUGAAUGUUGUAGGGACCUGUGCCUUAUAGUGCCAGACAGCCCCAUCUGUCUGCACCCAUCUGUCUGCACCCGACAUUUGCGUAGCGAGUGACGUGUCACAUUUUCUGCCCUGUCCAGACAAAUAAUAUAUUUGCUCUUCCUCUGAGUGAAGGAGCCCUGCCUGGGAUACGGUAUAUGAAAGGGGACAGUCUAGCGAAUCCAACAGUUGUGGUUUCAUCUCACCGUGAUAUUCUCAGCCGGAUUUAGAGCUCUCAAAAUGACAUAAUACUAAAUAAUUUCAUAGAAUUUAAACAAGACCACUUUCUCUUGGUCACAGAUGGAUGAAAUCACUUUGUGUUUAAAGCUGAAGUUGUAAAGAGUCUGCACACAUUGAAUUGUCUCUGUGCUGCUCAGUGGACGUUUAGGAGAACAUUCUGUCAGUUGUAUGAAAUAGUGCCAAUAUUGUACUGUCACUAAGUAUGAUCAUAUUUGUUUUAGUUAUAAGAAAGGCGCAAUCUUAUAGUAAGUCAUUUAUAAUUUGAUUGUUACUAUAUUUACAAAGCAUCAGUCAUUUCAAGCCCUAUUGCUCCACAUUUGUUGAAUAGGGGAAAAAAUCAUGAUUUUUCUAUUUCAUAUUUUCAUAAUAUUUGUGCUAUGUACUUGAGCUUGUGUCCUCAACAGUGAGUACACCUCAGCAAUUACAAAUGAUUUUUUUUUACCAGAAAGGUGUGUUCCAGACCUUUCUAAAACUAUACAACAUUACCUGUUAUUGUUUAUGGCCAUCUCAUGAAAAAUGAUUACUUUUGGGUAUGUCUAUUUAGGCGGAAAUCUACAUUUUCCCCCAUUAUUCAAGAGGUUAAAGAAAACAAUUAGUUUUUAAUGGUGAGCGAGCGUUGUGCCUUUACUUUUUCAAGUAGUGUUACAUUUAAAUAAACAUCCUGAAAUUCUGUGAUAUUUAAAUGUGUUUACAUUCAUAUUAACACUUUGAAAAUGUACUGAUAUUAUUAGAAGUUUCUAAAUAAAUACCAUCCCCAAAUCUUUGUCUCAAAUAUGCCUUAAAAGGUCAGACUGUACACUGAGUAUACAAAACAUAUUAAGAACACCUGCUCUUUUCAUGACAGACUGACCAGGUGAAUCCAGAUGAAAGCUAUGAUCCUUUAUUGAUGUCACUUUGUAAAUUCACUUCAAUCAGUGUAGAUGAAAGGGAGGAGAUGGGUAAAAUGAUUUUUAAGCCUUGAGACAAUUGAGACAUGGAUUGUGUACAGUGAGGGGAAAAAAGUAUUUGAUCCCCUGCUGAUUUUGUACGUUUGCCCACUGACAAAGAAAUGAUCAGUCUAUAAUUUUAAUGGUAGGUUUAUUUGAACAGUGAGAGACAGAAUAACAACAAAAAAAUCCAGAAAAACGCAUGUCAAAAAUGUUAUAAAUUGAUUUGCAUUUUAAUGGGGGAAAUAAGUAUUUGACCCCUCUGUCCUAAUCUCAGCUCGUUACCUGUAUAAAAGACACCUGGGAGCCAGAAAUCUUUCUGAUUGAGAGGGGGUCAAAUACUUAUUUCCCUCAUUAAAAUGACUCUAUCCCACGGUGUGUGGCAUUUCUUUCCAGAAGCCAUGAGAAAAUUGUCCGGCUGUGGGGACUGUGUGAGGGGAUUUAUACUACUAUCUGUACUUACUGGUGGCACAGACUCUGUUUCAUCCUUUCCUACACUUAAAUUGCCCUUGCCUAACGAUUGCAUCUGAAGCUGGGCUUGCAGCACAGCUAUCCUCACCAUAAGGCGAUAGUUUUCCUGUAUGUUAUGAGUACAGGGACUGCAAUUAGAUGGCAUAGUGUUAAUGUUACUACUUAGCUUCGGCUGGUGGAGGUCCUGUAGAACCGUGUCCGGGGAGAAAAAUAUUGAGCGAGGGGAAAAAAUUAUAUAAAAAUAACUAAGACGUUGGUUAAAUGAAGAUUGAUUAAAUGGUUUUUAAAAAGUAAAAACCGUCAAGUUUGGCAGGUAGCCAAGCAGCAACAAACAGCGUAGCACGGAGACAAGUGAAACGCUCAGAACGGAAGUGACAGUAAACAGGUUUCGAUGGUUUGGGAUGAGUCGGACGGCAGAGUGAAGGAAAAGCAGCCAACAAGUGCUCAGCAUAUGUGGGAACUCCUUCAAGAUUGUUGGAAAGAAUUCCAGGUGAAGCUGGUUGAGAGAAUGCCAAGAGUGUGCAAAGCUGUCAUCAAGGUAAAGGGUGGCUAUUUGAAGAAUAUAUUUUGUUUUGUUUAACAGUUUUUUGGUUACUACAUGAUUCCAGAUGUGUUAUUUCAUAGUUUUGAUGUGUUCAUUAUUAUUCUACACUGUAAAAAAUUGUAAAAACAUAGAAAAACCCUUGAAUGAGUAGGUUUGUCCAAACGGUUGAUUGGUACUGUGUGUGUGUGUGUGUGUAUACAGUGGGGGAAAAAAGUAUUUAGUCAGCCACCAAUUGUGCAAGCUCUCCCACUUAAAAAGAUGAGAGAGGCCUAUAAUUUUCAUCAUAGGUACACGUCAACUAUGACAGACAAAAUGAGAAAUUUUUUCCAGAAAAUCAUAUUGUAGGAUUUUUAAUGAAUUUAUUUGCAAAUUAUGGUGGAAAAUAAGUAUUUGGUCAAUAACAAAAGUUUCUCAAUACUUUGUUAUAUACCCUUUGUUGGCAAUGACACAGGUCAAACGUUUUCUGUAAGUCUUCACAAGGUUUUCACACACUGUUGCUGGUAUUUUGGCCCAUUCCUCCAUGCAGAUCUCCUCUAGAGCAGUGAUGUUUUGGGGCUGUCGCUGGGCAACACAGACUUUCAACUCCCUCCAAAGAUUUUCUAUGGGGUUGAUCUCUGGAGACUGGCUAGGCCACUUCAGGACCUUGAAAUGCUUCUUACGAAGCCACUUCUUCGUUGCCCGGGCGGUGUGUUUGGGUUCAUUGUCAUGCUGAAAGACCCAGCCACGUUUCAUCUUCAAUGCCCUUGCUGAUGGAAGGAGGUUUUCACUCAAAUCUCACGAUACAUGGCCCCAUUCAUUAUUUCCUUUACACGGAUCAGUCGUCCUGGUCCCUUUGCAGAAAAACAGCCCCAAAGCAUGAUGUUUCCACCCCCAUGCUUCACAGUAGGUAUGGUGUUCUUUGGAUGCAGCUCAGCAUGUACUGGCUUAAGCAGGGGGACACGUCUGGCACUGCAGGAUUUGAGUCCCUGGCGGCGUAGUGUGUUACUGAUGGUAGGCUUUGUUACUUUGGUCCCAGCUCUCUACAGGUCAUUCACUAGGUCCCCCCGUGUGGUUCUGGGAUUUUUGCUCACCGUUCUUGUGAUCAUUUUGACCCCGCGGGGGUGAGAUCUUGCGUGGAGCCCCAGAUCGAGGGAGAUUAUCAGUGGGUCUUGUAUGUCUUCCAUUUCCUAAUAAUUGCUCCCACAGUUGAUUUCUUCAAACCAAGCUGCUUACCUAUUGCAGAUUCAGUCUUCCCAGCCUGAUGCAGGUCUACAAUUUUGUUUCUGGUGUCCUUUGACAGCUCUUUGGUCUUGGCCAUAGUGGAGUUUGGAGUGUGACUGUUUGAGGUUGUGGACAGGUGUCUUUUAUACUGAUAACAAGUUCAAACCGGUGCCAUUAAUACAGGUAACGAGUGGAGGACAGAGGAGCCUCUUAAAGAAGUUGUUACAGGUCUGUGAGAGCCAGAAAUCUUGCUUGUUUGUAGGUGACCAAAUACUUAUUUUCCACCAUAAUUUGCUAAUAAAUUCAUAAAAAAUCCUACAAUGUGAUUUUCUGGAUUUUUUUUCCUCAAUUUGUCUGUCAUAGUUGACGUGUACCUAUGAUGAAAAUUACAGGCCUCUCUCAUCUUUUUAAGUGGGAGAACUUGUACAAUUGGUGCCUGACUAAAUAAUUUUUUUCCCCACUGUGUGUGUGUGUGUGUGUGUGUGUAUGUAUGUGUGUGUGUGUAUAUAUAUAUAUAUAUAUAUAUAUAUAUAUAUAUAUAUAUAUAUAUAUAUAUUUUUUUUUUUUUAUGACUUCAUCGUAAGCCUAUGCCACAUGAACCUAUCAAAAACUGUUUUGUAGCAAUGAGGUUUGUGCAUAGGCUAUAAGCUCAAUACAUUCUCACUGCAUAUAGACUUCUUGAAUUGUCCUGCCAAUGUUGUGCUUCUCAGACCGUUUUUUAAAAUUAUAUUUCAAAACGUGAGGUAUAUGAUCACACUGGUAAUAUAUAAUUUGUAGCAUUACUUGGGAAGCAUACAUUGAAAUGGUUUAUUUUACUGGACUGAUGGUGCCUGCAUCUGAUGGUCAGUCUCAGCGGAGGGCGGGUUUCGAGAGAGGCUGCCUCUAAUGGUUUUCUGGCUCAUGCACCAAUUAAUGUUACUCGUAUGACCAGAUAACGUGAAAUGGGCUACUCCUCUAUAUUAGAAAGACAAGCCGAUAAUAACAACGCAAGUCUAUCGAUAAACUUUGUAGCGUGAGUGGAUAGGGGGAGUAUUUUUUUAUUGCUUAUAAAUGUGUUGAUAGUGCUGAAUAAAAUCUUAAACAUUAACGGCAGCUCUUUGCUAUAUUCGUUGACAGUUUCUAGUCAUGAUUUUUUACGUUUUGAAUCUCACACAGUAGAGUCGACUAUCAACUUCGCUGUGGGCUCGUGGAAGCUGCAGACACGGUGAUCUGAGCUAUCUGAUUGGCCAGCGGUAGACCUAUGGGUGUACUUAAUUUGCUCCCCGGGCCUGCCGGGUAUGUUGAGUUCGUUCCUUCAGACACAUGAAAUGGUUAAAAAUGGGAACACUUCGAUACCCGGCACGCAGGGCAGUUGAAUCAAGUGCACCUACCGGAAACAGUGCGGAACAAAUAAAAAAAUAGGAACGCAAGGCUUUAUCGUUGUUUUUUUAAAAAUUAGAAAUGUUUGGCGAUUGAGUAGGAAAGCCUUGGAGAUGGGGAAAAACUAGGAAAGCCUCGCGAUCGACUGGUUGGUGACCACUGCUUUAAAGCAUAUUCUUGUGUUGCUUUUGUAGGUCCUGGUCUGCCAAAGCACUUGUUACAUUGCGGAGGACCAACUGUUUCAAUGGACAGAAAAGGUAAAGCUCUUGUGAUUUUAUAGUUGCCUUGUAGAGGUUUAGGUUGAUGCCCACUGCUUGAUAUGAUUAUAAGUAGAUGUGACUGUAAAAGCACUGGUCACCAAUGACUAUGGUCUCUUAACUUUCUCCCUUCUUCCAUCUGGUUCUAGGUGUUUGGCUGCCUCCAGAAGAGAGGGCUCAGUGUGAUGGUGCUGUCGGACAGCCCUGUGGCUGAGUACAAAACGCCAGACUACCUCUAUGGUAGCGCUGUCCCCUUCCUACGCUCCCUCAAGAGCAGUGCCUCCAAAAGCCAGGCCCUCUGCCCUGCACUAGAGCAGCCCAACAUCCUCACUGGACUGCCAGCUGCAGGUACCACCAUACUGAUGUCUUUGAUUCCCUGGGUUGAAGUCUUCCAUUUAAUUCCACAGAAUUAAAUAAUGGGCUAUUUUCAAUUCAUUCAAUUGAUCGACUUUGAAAUGGAAUUGACCCCAACCAUGUUCAGGCAUGUUUUACUUGCGUAAAAAGCACUUGCAUUAACGAAACUGAUUUAAUUUGUCAAAUAUUCUUGCUGGAUCAUGCAUAUUAGCCAACUUGCUGAAUUGAUGUCAUUAUUUCUCCUUAGGACCUUUCCAUGGAUUACAUUCUGGAAAAUUCCAAAACGUUAUGGUUAUUUUUGGUUCAUUUCUGUUUCAUUUUCACACAGAAUGUCAACUUAAAUGGAUCUCUAUUCUUUCCUCAGUACUGAGCCACUGCCAAGUCCAUCAGAUUCCAGCUGUUCUGUACCAGUGCUACACUGAUGUCAUCAGCCCAGACUCUAUCACCAUGGAAACCUACAAACCUGUUCUGUUGUGUCUAAGCAAGUUGGUCAAGGUGAGCGCAUACAUUGUAGAGCAGGGAUGGGCACCCCCCACCUUGCGAGCAAAACAUUUUAGUUGUCUCCCUCGUGUCAGUGAAGAUACAUAAAUGUGUGGUCCUCUGUAGCUCAAUUGGUAGAGCAUGGCGCUUGUAACGCAAGGGUAGUGGGUUCGAUCCCCGGGACCACUCAUACGUAAAAAUGUAUGCACACAUGACUGUAAGUCGCUUUGGAUAAAAGCAUCUGCUAAAUGGCAUAUUAUAUUAUUAUUAUAGUUACAUUUAAUUUCCUGCAAUUCUAGACAUUUUGCCAUAGGAUAGAGGCAAAUGUUUGCAGUUUUUAAUAUAUCUGAUGAGCAAUGGGGCCUAUCCCAGUCAGUAAUUCGACCAUGCUUACUACAAGUUUAGAUAGUCUAGCGGCCAGCUAAUUUACCAAUCUAAAAGAAAAAUGCUGAUAUUGGCUAAUUGAGUGACUGCUGAUGCACAACCAAAUUUUGAAAUUGCACCUGUGUGUUCUAUUAUUCAAACUCUCAAAGGUAAGUUUCCAACAGUUUCCCAUCCCUGUUGUAGAGUAUUUAAUAUCCUAAUGGUAGCUAUUCAACACUGUUCAGUGUUCUCAAAAGCUUUGUCUUCCGUUGCUGAUCUCUCUCUAUCUCCCUCUCUCUCCCCCCAUUUUACCUCCAGUUGGAGCCUUGUCUGAGCGCUGACGUCCUCCGAAAGUUUGCCAUAAUCACUGAGGCUCAGAGUAACCUGUAUACUUAAAUGUGGAAGAUUUAUUUGUACUGAAUAGGCUCUGUAUUUUGUCUUUUACCUAAAGGACAGGUUCACUUUAUUUUAACCAAAUCUGUUUUUUGGAUGAAUAUGGCAUUUUAUAGAAGUGUUCAGACACUUUUUUGCGAUUUCACUUGGUUUUGAGAAACUUACCCCACCAGCGAUAGACUUCCUCAUGCUCGUUCUGCAGUUGCA